AUGUUUAAGAAAAACUUAUUUUUUUUCCAACUCUUUGUUCAACUUUUAGACUUUGAAAACAAGGCUUACAAACUACCAGAACACCUAGUAAAUAUUUUAUUGUUGUAACACUCACUCAUUAAUAUCUCCUAUCUCUAUCAAAGGAAUGCGAAAUCGUGGAUCUACAUAUUGGUACUAAUUGCUAGACCUUAAUUAAUAAUAAAUAUCGACUAUUUGGACUACUUGAUGCUAACUUAUAGUAUAUUAUGGAUUUUCUUUUUAUUCAAUCAAAAUUUCUAUGGGACUUCAUUGAUUAGUUUAUUUAAUUCAUUAUUGAAAACAGCAGUUCUCAAUUUUUUACUUGAAGAAAUGUAGGCUAAUCUAGGAUUUUCUAUUGGUUUAUUUGUUGUCAUAUAAUAAUUUUUGGAAGUUUUACUUAUAUAAGGGACACUCACUGUAAAUACCAUUAAUUUUUAAGUCUCUUAUUCAAAUUACUUAAAUAUCAUAGAUUUUAUAUUAAAUAUUCUGCUGAUUUACUUUUAGUUAUUUAAAUUAAAUUAAUUACUAAUAUAAAUAUUAGCUCUAAUUAAAUCAUGCUUUUAGUUAACUUUAAUUAUUUCCUAUAACAACUAUAGAAACAGUCUAAUUAGAAAGAUAAUGGCGUUUACUCAUUUAGCAACACUUGUAUUUGGAAUAAUUUAAUUUAUUAGUUAUUAACAUUCCUAUACAUUAGUGAUGCUGCCGUUAUUGUUAAAAAUUAUACUGUAAUAAUAAUUCUCAAAUCAUAAUGUUGACGAUCCAAUUUUAAAGGCUUCUUUAUUGUUAGAAGAAGGGAGGGGUUUUGAAUGUUUUGUAGUUUUAAACAAUUUAAAGGAUUUAGGGGUUAUGAGAAAGGCCAAAUGUGAUUAAUUAUUGAAAUUAUGUAUCGAUUUAAUAAUUCUUAAAAUAUCAAAGCCUAACUAGGUUUUAAAGGGAGUGUGUUAAUAGCUGAUGAAAAAUGAUGAAUAAAACACAAUACUAUCAAAUUAAUUGAACAGUUUGAUUGAAAAUAAAUUGUAUUUGCUUCAAAAUAUUAAAGAUAUCAAUUUCAAAUAGCUACUGAAUUAUACUGACAACGUUAACUCAAUCAGUCGGCAUUUGGAAAAAUUACAUAGUGAAUAGAAUAGCAUGAUGAUCUAAUCCUUAAAGGUCUUUUUUUAUGCAGAGAUAUUGAAUGAUUUGCUUAGUGCUUAAUAAAUUUAAAGUAGUUUUUCAACGUCUUAAGAAACGUAAAUUAAAUUUAAUGAUUCAAUGUUGUCUAAGUUAAUCUAUUUAGUUGCCAAUUACUAAAAUAAUAAACUCAUUGUUAAAUCCAUAUCUAGUAAUGCACCAAAAACCUUUUGCAAUAAAACCCUUGAUGAUCUUAUUCCAUUAGGUGUUAGAGAAUGGCAUUCGUUACUAGUUGAUAAAUUUGUAACCGAUGGUGAUUCGAAAUAUGUUAGAAAUCUAUUUAACAAUUACAUUACAAAUGAGAAUUUCAUCGAAAAUGUUUAAUUUGCAAUUGAUAUUUUCUAUACUGAUGAAGUCGAUUUUGUUUGUUUAUUCUAGCCCACGCUUUUGUAAACAAAAACAGUUAUAAUAAAUCAAAACUAUUAAAUUACUUCAAUAAGUUAAAACUUUAGUGAAUUUGUCAAUUUAAGUAAAUAUUUUCAAAUAGGCAAACAGAUUGAUAAAUUUAUACCUUCAGUCACUCAAAUAACUGAGAGUUGUUACUUAGAAAACAUGAUGGUGAUGCAUUCUGAUCAAAUUUUAAGUUCCCAAAAUUUUACUGAUAAAAGAGGUGAAAUGAGUUAUUAUUGUGAUGUUAGUAUCACUGUUAGAAUGAAUAAAUAGAUGAUGUUGUACAUGAUUAUAUAAUUUGACAAUUUUAAAAAAUAGUUAAGCAAAAAAAAUGAAGGUCAACUUACAGAAUAACAUAUUGUAUAAAAGGACACAUUUGAAAAGAUUCCUUACGAACUAGAAAAUACUAUUAUUGAGGAUCCUUAUGAGUUUUAAGAUGAUUAGGAUAACAGGAACUAUUAGCAAAACUAUUUAAACAUAGACGAAAAAUCGAUGGUAUAAUAACAAAUCAUUACACCUCGAGAUGAGGAAGUAUCACUUGUCCUAUUUAAAAGAAUUGCAAAAAGAUUUAAAUCUCAAUUUAAAAAAUCUUAAUUUUAAGAAGAACAACAUGCCUAAUUUUAUGAUGCUCAAUCUUAGGUUUCAUCAAUGAAAUUAUUAAGGAAUUCUAAGUUUUAUCGAAAAUAUGAGCUUUAUAAUAAAUUUCUACAAUACAUCCCUCAUUACAGACUACAUAAGUUAAUUAUUGCAAUAAUGUUUCUGUUAUGUUUAUUUCAAAUUAUUUUCAUGAUUAUUUAAGUAUCAAAUAUGAGCCUAGUAACAUUAGUUGAGGACAUCAAUUUAUUAGAAAUUAAGAAUUUAAUAUUUUAACCUAUAGAAUUAUUUCUGGUAACCAGAUGGACAUUAUUUAAUUAUAAAAAUCAAUUGAACGAAAAAUUAAUUACUCAAGAAGAGUAUACUAAUAGAACAAGCUUUGCCUUAUCUAACUUAGAUUUGGGGUAUGAUUAAUUGAAUUCAAAUAUAGAAUCAGUAUUAUACAAAAAAGAAUUACAGACAUUAUUGUAAGGUAAACAUUUUUAUGCUUAUCAAUACUUGGAUUCCUACAAAGAUGAAUAAUAUAACAUGUCUUUAAGAACAGCAAUCUAAGUUCUAUUGAAUUUUUAAUAUACACUUAAAAUGAAUUAUAAAAUUGAAAAAACUGUUGUUUUAGAUUCUCCAUAAGCCUUUUAUGGCUAUAAGAACUAUAAGGUAUUAAAUGACAUCGCUUAAUAACUUAAUCUAGAUGUAAUAUCAUAAACACAAACUAGGGCAAGUUUGAUUCAAGGAAACAUUAAAACAAUCCUAGCAAUUAAUUAAUCUUUGCUUUUAUUCUUAUUACUCUUAAUUUUGAUUUUGUAACUAAUAAUUGAUAAAAGAUUAAAAUAAUUUAUCAAUCUCAAGUAAUAUAUUGAUGAGAGGGAGCUAGAACUUGAAAUUAGGAAAUAUUAAUAAUGUUUAAGUAAAAUUAAGAUAGAUAAUUCUUUUAAAUUUUAAUAUCGACUAAAUAUGGAGCUUAAGGAAUAAUAAUUUCAAUCAAUUUCAAAUAGCAACAUUUAAACUAAAAUUAAGUUUUAAAAGUUUUCUAACAAUUCUGUAUUUAAGUACAGUAUAAUUAUAUCUGCAAUAUAUAUUAUAUUUUCUCUGAAUCAGUUUGUGAUGUAUUUUUUAUAAAAUGACUUUCUAUAAAAAUAUCCAGACACUACCUAUUAUUUAUAAGGAAUUUCUAAUUUGGGUGUCGAUUUUCCAUGUAUGUUUGCAUAGCGUGAAGUAUUGUAUGAAAGGAAUAGGAUAAUUUAUUUAACUUAAGAAGAUUUUGAUGAUAUUUACGAAAGAGUUAUAUUAGCUUUGAACAAUACUGCAGAUUUUGAAUCAUAUCAAAGAGAUUUUUCCAAAAUAUUGAUAUCGAAAAAGUAUGAGGAUUAUUACAAACAACUAGAAGUAUCAAAUCUGUGUGACUAUAUUCCCAUUAAUUUGAAGGAAAAAAGUUAAUUUUUAUGCCCUUAAAUCUUUAAUGAGAAUAUGUUACUCGGUUUAAAGGCGGUGUUAAUUUACAGUUAUAAUUUAAUUGCAAAAGAAAUUGAAAUUAACAAAUUUACUCAAAGAUCAUCCAUUGUAUAAAAUGAAUUAGAUGGAGUUUUUAUUUUAUCUUAGAUCAUUAAGGAAGUAAAUACAUAAUUUGUAGAGGAUCUAAAAGAUCAAACCAAUUAAUUAGUACAAAUUUUUUAUAUAAUAAACAUUUGUUAUAUAGUGUCAGUUUCAAUGAUAAUUUUGGUAUGGACACCAAAAUUGGUUAUAAAAUUCAUUAAUAGUUCAAAAUAAAUUGUGUAGUUUAUUUAGAUUUUACCAAGUUAUUCUCUCUUUACAAAUGAUUAGUUUGAAAGAAUUUUGAGAACCUUUAUAAAUUAAAAAUGAUAUUAUUAAUACCAUUAUUGGUUUUUAGAAUUUCAAUUUAUCCUA